CACACAGUCUCACUGAGUCAGUAGACAUGGAGGAUGGGAAGCCUGAUCUGAUGCUGGUCAAAGAGGAGACAAUAGAAGAUGAACCAGAGAGCAUUGCUCUGCUGAGUGGACUAAAGAUGGGGGAGCAAGCUGAUUGGCUGGAGGAUAACAGAGGAGACUGGGCAGCCAUCUUGGAUACCCAGACCCAGACGGGUGCAGCCAAGGGCCAGGGGGAUGACAUCACUGAGCAGGCCAGGACCAGAGAUGACAUAGUGGAGGUCAGUGGAUGGGACAGCAUCCUCAACUCUGGGCUGGGGAACAACACUGUUAACCAGAAACAGAGAGUCGAACACAAAACAACUGAACCUAGUCUCCAUGACAACAGACUGGUUGAGACAAGGGUGAGGCGUAGACUUGGUCUGCGGGGACAGGGAGGUGUCCGUAUGCGGCAGGAAAGAACAGACACAGACUCGGCUAGCGAUGCUCCGUCCUGCUCCUAUAGUCGUGAUUCAGAGAGACUGAUGGGGCCUCAGGUUAACCCCCUAACAGGUGCUGCCUUCAGCCUGCCUUCUAUAGGAUCUAUCAACUGGAACAUGGACCCUGCGACAACACAGACACUCCCUGGCCUUCAUCCUCCUCACACUCUCCUUAUGUUAAACCAGACCUCAGACAAUGCCAGUGCCUCAACACUAAAUGGCUACACAAGCCCAUUGACAACUGAGAGUAGUAGAGAUGGAAUCAGUAAAGGUGGCAGCGCCAAGGAGAAGCGCUUCCCGUGUUCAUUCUGUGGGAAAGCCUUCAGUUUCCCUAAACAGGUGGAGAUCCACCAGAGGAUGCACACGGGGGAGAAACCAUUCGGCUGCCACCUAUGCCGGGCCAAUUUCUCACACUCGUCCAGCCUGAAGAGGCACCAGAGGGUCCAUACAGGGGAGAAACCCUACAACUGUCCCCAGUGUGAGAAGAGGUUCUCCCACCAGCACCAGCUGAAGAUGCACCUGAAGAUCCACACAGGAGAGAGGCCGUUCGCCUGUACGCACUGCGGGAAGAGGUUCUCAGAGAGGAGCUACCUCAGGAUACACCAGCAGAAAAUGCACACGGCCCAUGUAUAGUGAAAUGUAAUGUAGAACUAGUUAGUUUGUCGUCAAUUUUGUUGGUUUUGGAUGUACAGAGAACUUCAACUGGAUGAAGUGAACUGGGGAAAGAAUUAGUAUGAGGGAGAGUAGAUAUGGUGAUGGUUGGUGUGAUAAAACGCUUCACUGAUUAAGAGUGACAAGUAUGUCCCUUUUUUAAAUUGAUGCUGGUGUUUAUAGUGACAUGAGGAUAGUGCCUUAAUUCAUGUUUACUUGAUAUAAAGUAGUAAAGAUGUGUGUUAUGUUGAAUCUUAUCCAAAGUAUUCUAGAAUGAAUUUGAUCAAAGCGAGGGUACCAGAUUUACAGAAAAUGGAAAGUGUUACCAUAGUGAGAACAGUUAUUCUACUUGUCACGUAUCGUUUUGUGCAAUAAAAGUAAUGUACUUCAAAGUUGUGAGUGUUGUUGAAAUUAAAUACAAAAUUUACUCUG